AUGAGCAACAGUCUGGAGCAGAAGCUGUCUGAACUCACCAAUGAUGAAACCAGGUAUAUUUUCAUACAUUUUGGUUGUCUUGACAAUUUUUUUCUGGCUGUGAUGGCAUAUGACAGGUACGUGGCCAUCUGUCACCCUCUGCACUACACCGCCAUCAUUAGGGAGGGGCCGUGUCUGCUGGUGGUGGCUGGCUCCUGGAUUCUCUCGUGUGGCAAUGCCCUUUUACAUAACCUCCUAUUUGGCCAGUUGUCUUUCUGUGCUGAAAAUACCAUCAUCACCCACUACUUCUGUGACCUCACUGCACUCCUGAAGCUGAGGUGCUCAGACACCUCUCUCAAUGAGCUGGAUAUAUUCACUGAGGGAGAAAUGGUUUUAUUUUUGUGUUUUACUAUUAUUUUGGGCUCCUAUAUCCGUAUAGGGGCCAUCAUCCUGAGGGCGCCCUCCACUAAGAGACUCUCUAAAGCCUUGUCUACCUGUGGCUCCCAUCUCUCUGUGGUGCUGUUAUACUAUGGGGCACUUGCUAGUGUUUACUUUUCCUCCUCCUCAUGGGGUUCCAAGGACAUAAUUGCUUCAGUCAUGUAUACGGUAGUUACCCCCAUGGUGAACCCCUUCAUCUACAGCCUGAGGAACAGAGAUAUAAAACAGGCCUUAGGCAUGUGUGUCAAUAGGGUUAAGUUCUUUAAGAUGCAAUCACCAAAUCCUCAUGUUUCAAUCAGAAGCAUAGUGAGAUAG